AUGGACGCGGAACGCGCUUUGCCCGAGAAGAGAAACCCUCUCGUUGAGGAGAAACACACUCCGCAGAGUACGUUCAGAGCUUCGCAUGACGUGAUGGCCACAUGGCUGAUGGGGGAACAGUUNGAGAUCCUGGUUGAAAGACGCCGAUUGGGACAGACAGAGCUCACAGUGAAGGCUGGCCAAAUUGGCACUUCCAAUGCGACAAAGCCUUCCAACCUGGGCAUGUUCGAUUAUGCCCACCUGCGCGUACCUCUUCCCAAGGAUCUGCAAGGUAGCGGCAUCUUUGCUCCGUCGCGCCGCAACCAGUCCAUUGACAGNAGACGCUCCAACGACGGUUACAUUAGCGCAACUGGCAUGUACAAGGCCGCCUUCCCAUGGUCAACACUCGAGGAGGAGGAAACCGAGAAAAAGUACAUCAAGUCGCUUCCGGAGACCGACAGCGAGGAGAUUGCUGGCAACGUGUGGAUCCCUCCGAACUCAGCCCUGACUCUCGCCGACGCCUACGGCAUGCGCACUUGGAUUGAGGCACUGCUCGAUCCCGAGCCCAUCGCCAAGGGAACCCACGACCCCAACAAGAAGAUCGCUACACCUCCUCGAUUCCUCAUUCCUACCUCGGAAGCUACCACUCUCCCUCCUCCGACAGAAACCACCUCUCGCCGCCGAACUCUUCGUUCUGCUUCUCCUGCAAAGGCNCCUCCCACACCCAGCCGCAAAAUUGCAACCCCCAGGAGGACCCGACGCGCAAAGCCUACGGCAUCCAGUGCGCUCGCUCCCACCGCCGAGAGCGCCGAGGAGUCUGCUGCACCAGAGACUUCGGUUGAACCUGAGUCUGCCAAGUUCGACUCUAUAAUUGCUUCCAGCGAAGCAGCUGCCAAAGCAGACGCAGAUGCUGCGCUUGAAGAUGAGAUCCCUGUGUCUGUGAGCGUUCGCUCUGACGACACAGUCAAGGUUGACAUUGAGACCACCACCGUACCCGGUGUUAAUGGAGGCAGCCCUACUGAGAGUGUGCGUGCUGUUGUCAACGUGCCAGCCAGCCACCCAGACCUUGCACAGCCCAGUGAUCCUCAAGCAUAUCUCGACAUGGCCAAGGAAUCGAUUGUUGCCGCACACAAGCUAACGGCCAGUCGCACUCCUGGCAAGAAGCGCAAGGCCCUUGAGGCCUUUGAGGCCUUUGAGGAUGACGAAUCAGUUUCCGAGUUCCCUGAGUUUGACACAGUCGGGUCAUCAGCCGCAGUUGCCCCCAUAGAGAUUGAUGAGCGUCCGGCAAAGAGACAACGUAUAACUGAAAUUGAGCUUCGUAAGGAGAAGAUUAAGAAGAGGGCAACGUUGGGUAUAUUGACCACUAUGGCCAUGNNGGUGUCGCUGUGCCGUUCUUGGGAGCCUACUUCCAGGUGCUUUAAGAUCGGUUGCUCCAAGAACCAGCUGCCUUGGUGA